UUCAAUUUCAGGGGGCACGAGUGGCCGUGACGUGCGUUCUGUUCUGUGAUCUGUGUGAGUCAAUUAGCUCUGUGUUUGUGAGUGAGGUGUCAAGUGCGUGUUUGUUUCAGUGAUGGCAUUAUUCCGUGUUUCUUCUAAUAAAAUCGCAGAGCUCAAUCAAAUUCUACCGCUAGCAAACCUAGCUGUACGCAACUUAACAGAUGCUUCCACUGAUCUCAAACAUGUUCUCGCUCAAAAGAUUCCCAAAGAGCAAGAGAGAAUCAAAGCAUUUAGGAAAGAACAUGGCAACACUAAAGUGGGAGAAGUUACUGUUGAUAUGAUCUAUGGAGGUAUGCGAGGAAUCAAGGGUCUGGUAUGCGAGACCUCCGUCCUAGACGCCGAUGAGGGAAUCCGGUUCCGCGGUUACUCCAUCCCGGAGUGCCAGAAAAUCCUGCCCAAAGCUGCCGGAGGCGCUGAGCCCUUGCCCGAAGGUCUUUUCUGGCUCCUCGUCACCGGUGAAGUCCCCACCGAUGCUCAGGUUGCAGCUCUGUCCAAGGAAUGGGCAAAACGAGCUGAAUUACCAGCACAUGUUGCAUCAUUGUUAAACAACUUCCCAUCAACACUGCACCCCAUGUCACAGUUCAGUUGCGCUGUGACGGCUCUCAACACAGAAUCUAAAUUCUUGAAGGCUUACACAGCAGGCGUCCACAAAGCAAAAUACUGGGAGUAUGUCUAUGAGGACAGCUUGGACUUGAUUGCAAAGAUCCCUGUUGUGGCUGCCACAAUUUACAACAAUCAGUUCCGCAACAGCAAAUCUCUUGCCCCCAUUGACCCCAACUCAGACUGGAGUGCCAACUUUUCCAAAAUGUUAGGUUUCACUGAUCCUCAAUUCAUUGAAUUGAUGAGGCUCUAUCUAACUAUCCACAGUGAUCACGAAGGAGGCAACGUUUCUGCUCACACUGUGCACUUGGUAGGCUCAGCCUUGUCUGAUCCCUACUUGUCAUUUGCCGCUGGAUUGAACGGUCUUGCAGGUCCUCUGCACGGUCUAGCCAAUCAAGAGGUGUUGAAUUGGUUGAAUAAGUUAGCAUCUGAAAUCGGUGUUGAUGCGUCUGAGGAUCAAAUUAAAGAAUACGUUUGGAAGACAUUGAAAUCUGGUCAAGUUGUUCCCGGUUACGGACAUGCUGUGCUGAGGAAGACAGAUCCUCGUUACACUUGUCAGAGGGAGUUCGCCCUUAAACACUUACCUAACGACCCAUUAUUUAAGUUAGUUUCCAAUGUCUUCAAAGUUGUUCCCAACAUUUUGCUUGAAACUGGCAAAGUCAAGAACCCAUGGCCCAACGUAGAUGCUCACUCAGGUGUCCUUUUACAGUAUUACAACUUGAAAGAAACCAACUAUUACACGGUGCUUUUCGGAGUGUCUCGUGCAUUGGGAGUUUUAGCAUCUCUUAUUUGGAGCCGAGCUCUAGGACUGCCAUUAGAACGCCCAAAAUCCAUGUCUACUGAUGGACUCAUGAAGGCUGUCGGCUACACCAAGUAAUUUGUGUAAUCAACAUGCAACUCCAUCCUAUACAAGCCGGGAUACCCCCUCCUAAACAAACCUGUACAUUUCUUCACUCUAGUGAGCUGUCCAUUAAUAGUUGUGUGAGUAAUUAGUUUUCUUCCAUCAAUGACAAUUUUUGCCUAUCGUUUGACAGGCUCUAGGAUCCCUAGUUUCGACUGUGAAUUUCUAUUAAAAAGGUAACUGUUAAGUGUGUCUCGUUCUUUUAAUAGCGUUCUUUUACCUAUUUAUUUAUUUUAUUGUAUAAGAAGUAAUCCUAGGAUUUCAUUUGGCAAUGAGUAUUUAUUUCUGUGCUUUGUUCUGAAGUCCGUGUUUUGUUGUCAGGACAUUAAUUGUACCAGUUAAAGUAUUGAAAAUACUUUGCUUUCCCUGUAUUUUUAUGGUUUCAUUUUACCAGCUCCUGAGUAAAAAUUUAAUUCUUUCCGUCGUCGAUUUCAACUAAAGAAUCUCUCACGAAGCAUUACAGAACUCAAAUAAAACAACAAUCCCCCAUUUUUUUUUUUUUUGAAAUCUAGCAUUGAGUAAAUUUUUGUCUGCUAGCUCUUCAUUCAAUCAUUGACAAUAAGUAUUUCGGAAUUUUUUUUUCAAUUUCAAUGCAAAUAGAUGAAUACUGGAAUUGUUUCUUUAUGAAAGUAUGUCCUAUAGUCUUUGUAUUUUGUUGAGUCAAAACUUAUUUUAAAGUAAAAAUGAAAGUAGCUGUAUUUCCUAAUCUAAGACGUAUGUAUCAGUACGGUUUUUACUCAUGGAAUUAUCUUUAUUUUUCAAUUGUGAUUACCUAAUUACUCCUCACUUAUUCACAUUGAUUAUUCAGUACCUCGUUGAACCUUUUUUUUCCCUCCAUUGCUGGAUACAACUGUUGAAUCCAGUGGUGACUGAAACUAUACUGGUGACAUGUUUAUAAAAGUAAAUUAGAAAAUGUGUACCUGUUAUUUUAUAGAAGCUCUAAUGUAUUAAGACUUGAUUUCAAUACACCUUUUCGUCUGAAACUAGCUUAUCUUUCAUCAUUUUUUUCCGAACAUAUUCAUUUAAGUAUUUAACAGUAGGUGUGAAGUACAUAUGUACAUUUUUAUAUUUUUGCCUUGAGUUGCAAAAUUUGAUUUUUGUACAUGUAAAGUUUGUUUCCUAAUCUUUGUGGUCGAUAUCAGAACUGUACUAUUAGAGUGCAAGUUAAAAAUGUUGACCAUAUGCAUCUUAGCAUUCAAUAGAUCAAGCACAAAUUCCCGGCUAGAUUGUCAAGACAUCCAACCACUAGAUUUUCACUUCCUUAUUUAUUCUGUCAUCUCAUAACGAUGCAACUAGAACCAGGAAGCUCACUUAUCUGUAAAUUACAUAUAAAACAGUGUCAUUUUGUAAAGAAAAUAAACAACAAAUUCUCCAAUAACAAUUAAAGGACAAUGUUUUAUAACCACA